CGAAACGAGUUAAUUCGGUUUCUAUCGGGUACCUUCAUUGUUACCCAUUUUACAACGGACCCGCUUGCGCAUAUUGCAGGACAUUGUCGUUGUGGAUUGAAUAUAUUAUCUGUACUCUUUAAUCGUUUGCUCACUGCACAAAUACUCUAGCAAUCCUCCUCCGUAAUUCAUCCCCGUUUUGUUCUUGGAGCCUGGAGGGCCAGAUUAGUGCUCGACGCUUCACACCGUUUACCUCUAUCUUUAAUCUUACACUCAGAAACCCUAAUUUAGUUUUUAUCGGUGUACAAAACUCUCACGGGUCGAUAUCGAUUUCUUCACUCUUCUGCCAAUAGUCGUCAAUUUCUUCACUUCUCUGGCAGUACAAUAUUUUGAGCUUCAGGUUAUGGCGAGUAUAGAAGAUCAAGGUCUAUGCUAAAUUGGAUCUGCUUGUCAAUUCUUUUGGGAGUGUUACAAUUACUAUACAAACAGCUGUAGCAAACUGCUGCACCUUUUGGUUGUCAAUUACAGUUUUAGUGAGGUAUCCUAUUUUAUAAGGCACCUAGAGCCAAAGCUGUUAUGCAGAAAUCAUGGGAGAUGGCAACAGCACCACAAGCAACAGGAGCAUCGCAACUAACACAAACAAUAGUGAGAAGCCAGAGUGGCUACAACAAUAUAAUCUGAUUGGCAAGAUUGGUGAAGGCACUUAUGGUCUUGUUUUCCUGGCAAAAACAAAGUCUAAUCCUAAUCGUGGAAAAUCUAUUGCCAUCAAGAAAUUCAAGCAGUCCAAGGAUGGAGAUGGUGUAUCCCCAACUGCCAUCCGUGAAAUCAUGCUGCUUCGUGAGAUUUCACAUGAAAAUGUUGUAAAGCUUGUGAAUGUACACAUUAAUCAUGCUGAUAUGUCACUGUAUCUGGCUUUUGAUUAUGCUGAACAUGAUCUUUAUGAAAUCAUUAGGCAUCACAGAGAUAAGGGUUCCCAUAUUAUCAAUCAGUACACAGUGAAAUCAUUGCUGUGGCAGUUGCUCAAUGGACUGAACUAUCUUCACAGUAAUUGGAUCAUACAUCGAGAUCUAAAGCCAUCAAACAUCCUGGUUAUGGGUGAAGGAGAUGAACAUGGGGUUGUCAAAAUUGCUGAUUUUGGACUUGCAAGAAUAUAUCAAGCUCCCUUGAAGCCGUUGUCUGAUAAUGGUGUUGUGGUAACCAUUUGGUAUCGUGCACCUGAGUUGCUUCUUGGAGCAAAGCACUACACAAGUGCGGUUGAUAUGUGGGCUGUAGGAUGCAUUUUUGCUGAGCUUUUGACCUUGAAGCCUCUUUUUCAAGGGGCAGAAGCUAAAUCCACGCCAAAUCCCUUCCAGAUUGAUCAACUUGACAAGAUAUUUAAGGUCUUAGGCCAUCCUACGAUUGAGAAGUGGCCAACACUUGCAAAUCUUCCGCAUUGGCAAUCAGAUCUGCAGCAUAUUCAAGGGCACAAAUAUGAGAAUCCAGGACUGCAUAAUGUCGUGCAUCUCUCUCCAAAAAGUCCUCCAUAUGAUCUCCUAUCUAAGAUGCUUGAAUAUGAUCCUCGAAAGCGGAUAACUGCAGCACAAGCUCUAGAGCAUGAAUAUUUCCGGAUUGAACCUCUACCAGGCCGUAACACAUUGGUGCCUUCUCAACCUGGAGAGAAAGUGAUCAACUAUCCUAUUCGUCCAGUAGACACAAAUACAGAUUUUGAAGGAACAACUAGUCUUCAACCUCCGCAACCAGUAUCAUCUGGAAAUGCAGUGUCUGGAGGCAUGGCCGGUGCACAUGGAGUGGCAAAUAGAUCUGCUCCUCGAACAAUGCCUAUUGGUAUGCAGAGGAUGCAAACUCACCCCAUGGCUGCAUACAAUAUUGCAUCUCAGGCAGGGAUGGGUGGUGGAAUGAAUCCAGCUGGCAUACCAAUGCCACGGGGUGUUGCCCAGCCCCAUCAGCAGCAACAUUUGCGGAGGAAAGACCCACCAGGACUGGGAACCAGUUAUCCUCCCCAGCAGAAAUCCAGGCGCCAGUAAGCAGAUGACAUCUUGAUUGACAGUUCCGUUUAACUACUGUUGGAGCACUGAGCACAGCCCUGCCCUUAUAGAAGUAUACUAUUUAACUAUGGCCGAGAAGUUUUUUCAAUCAUGCCAUGUAUGGGACAGUUGGUCAGCUGCUGAAUCGUUUACCUCCUCCUACUGACGGGCAUCUUCAUCUGUUCUUGAUGAGGAAAUUCAGUUUAUAUUUAUGAAGAGAGAUUCUGAGAUGCGUAUCCAAAUGGCAAGGUAUCUUACUCGGGAGAGGUGCAAGAAAAUAAUCAAAAUGACAAUGAAAUGAGGAACUAGUGAUGCUCGUGGAUGAAACGGGAUGGAAAAUCGUGUACUCAUAAUCGAUGUAAACUUAAUUAACGAUUGUUUCUUGUUGCUCUUGAAGUAUAAUGCAUUUCGAUUCUUGCUCUCA